AUGCAAGAAUUUGCUAAAGAAAUGGGUUUCAAAUUGUUAACUUCGACGCCAUAUUAUGCUCAGGCUAAUGGACAGGUCGAAGCUGCUAAUAAAGUGAUUACUAGUUUGAUUAAGAAGCAUGUGGGGAAGAAGCCUAGAAAUUGGCACAAAACUUUAGAUAAGAUUUUGUGGGCAUGUCGUACCUCUCCCAAAGAAGCUACUAAUUCGACCCCUUUCCGACUGACCUUUGGUCAUGAUGCUGUUCUACCAGAAGAGAUUCACCUACAAUCUAGAAGAGUUCAAAGGCAUCAUGAAAUUACAUCAGAGUCACAUUGGAACAUGAUGCUGGAUGAACUAGUUGAUCUAGAUGAAGAAAGACCAAAUGCCUUGGAGUUAUUAAAACGGCAGAAGAAGAGAGUAGAGAACUCUUAUAACAAGAAGGUAAAAAGCAAAACAUUUUCGCCUGAAGAUUUGGUCUGGAAAGUGAUAUUUCCAAUGGAUUGA